GUAUUUUUACCGCCACGGUCACACGCUGCUCCUUCGCUUUUUGUUUUAUUUUAAAACAAAACAAAGCCAAAACGUUGGAAAAACGGCAAUUCAUUUUGGGAAUUAUAAAGCUGGGCCUGUUUGCCCGCGCCUUCAGCAUGGCGUGGCGUUCCGUGGGAGCCAAUAAUGAGGACCUCAUUCGUCAACUGAAGGAUCACGGCGUCAUAGCAAGUGAUGCGGUGGCCAAGGCGAUGGCGGAGACCGACCGCAAGCAUUACUCUCCGCGCAACCCCUACAUGGACGCCCCGCAACCCAUCGGAGGUGGUGUCACCAUCAGUGCUCCUCAUAUGCAUGCGUUCGCCUUGGAGUAUCUGCGCGACCACCUGAAGCCUGGAGCUCGUGUGCUGGACGUGGGCUCUGGAUCGGGAUACCUUACGGCCUGCUUUUAUCGAUAUAUCAAGGCCAAGGGCGCCGAUGCGGAGACCCGUAUCGUGGGCAUAGAGCAUCAGGCGGAUCUGGUAAGGAUUAGCAAGGCCAACCUAAACUCAGAUGACCGUAGCAUGCUCGACUCGGGUCAGUUGGUGAUCGUCGAGGGCGACGGACGCAAGGGAUACCCAGGCAGUGCCCCCUACAACGCCAUCCAUGUGGGAGCUGCUGCUCCGGACACGCCCACCGAACUGAUAAACCAACUGGCCAACGGGGGACGCCUAAUAGUGCCCGUCGGCCCUGACGGCGGCUCUCAGUACAUGCAACAGUACGACAAGGGCGCCGAUGGGAAGGUGGAGAUGACACGGCUCAUGGGCGUGAUGUACGUGCCUCUCACGGAUCUACGCUCCUGACUGCACCGAGUGGGAAGAAUGCUGGUUGUGGUGCUGCUGCUCGGCUUUACUAUCUACCAAAUUUGGGCUUAUUUUCGAUAGUAUUAAUCAUCCAAACGAAAUUAAAAUGCUUGUUUCCAAUUAAAUAUGUUUCCUGAGCAAACGA